AAGAAAGAAAAAGGUGAUAUCGGUUCAGAUGUAACACUAGAAGCAGCAGAUCCACUUCUGAAGGCUCUGCAGCCAAAGAGCACAGUGUGAAAAUGCUCUCUCCCUGUUUCCUUUUAACCUCUGGUUUGUCUUGGAUCUGACUCUCCGUAGGCGGUCUUCUCUUACAGAAGUUUCGGCCUCUAUCACCACCCCUUCUGUGGAAAGGGUCCUGCCUGUGGAAUCAUGAACAUGCAUCCUCCUGGCUUGUUGUUUUUCUUCUUAGCAGCAUGCUUCACUCCCCCAGCUGACUGCCAGAGCCAGAAGUUAAAAUCCAUGCGAUGCAACAUCAAGACGAUGUUCACCACAAACACAGCGUGUACUUCCUGUGCUGUGGCACCUAAAAUGUUGUGUCCAAGAGGCUGGUCGAAGACCACCCAAGGACUAGGAGUGAGGGACUGCAGAUUCACUGUCAAGUUAGGAGAAAAUAUCCUUUCCCAGCCAGGAUGCCAUCACAUCUGUAAGAAGGAAAUUGAGGAGAAAAGAUGCUGUCCAGGAUUCUGGGGCACAGAGUGUUAUGAGUGUCCAGGUGGCUCUGACAAUCCCUGCAGUGGCCAUGGGACAUGCCUGGAUGGCAUUCAGCGGAAUGGGACCUGCACCUGCAAGGAGCAGUACAGUGGUUUUGCCUGCCAGAAUUGUCGAGAUGAAAAUCGCUUUGGCCCAGACUGUCAGUCAGUGUGUGACUGCGUGCACGGAGAAUGCAGCAGCGGUGUCACAGGGAAUGGAAGCUGCACCUGCUAUGGAGGCUACACAGGCCCCAGGUGUGACCAAGAGCUUCCUCUCUGCAAAGGCAUCACGUGUGAGGCCAACAGCGAGUGUGUGGUACGAGAUGGGACAGCCACAUGUGACUGCAAGCUGGGCUACACAAAGACUGGGAGCACUUGCCAAGCUCAGGAUUCUUGUGCUUCUUCUCCAUGCUCCCCCUUUGCUGAAUGCAAGGCUCUUGGACCACAAAAGUAUCAGUGCACCUGCAAAGAAGGAUUCCAAGGAGAUGGGAGGAUUUGCCAGCCCAUAAAUCCUUGCGUUGACAACAACGGAGGCUGUCCAGAAAACUCCACCCUUUGUGUUUACAGACGCCCGGGAGAGGCAUCUUGUCUCUGCAAGCCUGGGAUGAGCAAGAGAACGUCUUCAUCUGAGUGUUCGGUGUUUCCCAGCGACUGCCGGCAGUAUUUCUGUGACCUAACUGCCAAGUGUGAAAUUAAUUCCCAGGGGCAUCCUAGCUGUGUGUGUAGAGAAGGAGAAAUUGGAGACGGCAGAAGCUGCUAUAAAGACCUCUUGGGUGAGAUAAAUCAGCUCAAUUCCCGAGGAAGGUUCACUAGGAGGUUAAACAUCGCCAGGAAAAUGUUUGUUGCUGGUUGCUCAAUGCUUCUGACCAAACAUGGGCCUUUCACAGUCUUUGUCCCGUCUCUUCUUCCCAUUCAUGAGAGAAUGGAAUUUAAUGACACCACUGCUGAGCAAUUGUGCAGAAUGCAUAUCGUUCCUGGGCUGCAUAUGAUAGAAGACAUGGUAAAAGCCAAGACUAUAUGGACCUUGUCAGGACAUCAGCUAAUGUUCACUAGGCAGCCAUACAUCAAAUCAUUCCGAUACCAAGACCUGCCGGGGGAACUGUACAACGUGCUGCAAGCAAACCUCCCUGCAGCCAAUGGCAUCAUUCACGUCACUAACACCCUAAGGAAGAACACCAGCACCAGCAACCUUGGAAACCCACAGAAAACCAUUGGUGAGAUCCUUGCUUCAAUGGAGAUCUUCAGUAGAUUUGAAACUAUACUGGAGAACUGUGGCCUGCCUGCAAUACUGGAUGGACCAGGCCCCUUUACUGUGUUUGCACCCAGCAAUGAUGGUGUGGAUGAGCUGAGAGAUGGAAGGCUCAUUUAUCUUUUCACAGAGGGCAUAAAUAAGCUUCAGGAACUUGUGAAACAUCAUAUCUACCCUUCAGCAGCGGUGACUGUAGACAGACUGAUAAUGAUGCCACACAUUGUUACUAUGGCUAACCAAAUACUUACCAUCAACAUCAGCGCAGGUGGAAGAAUUCUGAUGGGUGACUCAGGGAUCCCCUUAAACAUGCGAGACAUUGUGGCAUCAAACGGUGUAAUUCACACCUUGGACGGCAUCUUCAUCCCUCCUUCAAUAAUUCCCAUUUUACCUCACAGAUGCAAUGAGGAGCAAUCUAAAAUUGUGCUGGGCUCUUGUGUGGAUUGUGAGGCCCUCAACAGCAGCAUUUGCCCACCUGGCAGCAGAGAAAUGGACCUAACGUUCUUCCAAAAAGAAUGUGUCUACAUCCAUGACCCACAAGGGCUGAAUGUCCUGAAGAAGGGGUGUGCCAGGUACUGCAACCAAACCCUCACGAUACCUGGAUGCUGCAAAGGAUUCUUUGGUCCGGACUGCAUGCCAUGCCCAGGAGGAUUUUCCAGUCCAUGCUAUGGCCGGGGAAAUUGCAGCGAUGGCAUACAAGGCAAUGGCCACUGCCAGUGCUUUGAAGGUUUCAAAGGCAUAGCCUGCCACAUCUGCUCAAACCCAAACAAGCACGGCGAGAACUGUGACGAAGAUUGUGGCUGUGUCCAUGGUGUCUGUGACAACAGGCCUGGCAGCGGGGGUGUGUGUCAGUCCUGGUCCUGCAAGGAAGGCUACACUGGGAAGUUCUGUGACAAGACAUCCAGGAACUGUGGCCCGAGUGGGAUGUCCCAGUACUGCCACCAGAAUGCUGUCUGCAGCCUCAAUGACACAGCAAGGUGCAUCUGCAUGGAUGGAUAUGAAGGUGAUGGCUUUACCUGCCAGCCCAUAGACGUGUGUAGUCAGCCAGAACGAGGAGGCUGUUCGCUAAAUGCCCUGUGCACCAGUACAGGCCCUGGCACUGCCACCUGCCAGUGCAUCCCUGGCUGGACUGGGGAUGGGAAGGCCUGCGUGGCCAUAGACAACUGCCUGCUGGAGAGCAGGGGGCACUGCCACAUCAACGCCGACUGCAUUUAUGUGGGCCCUGGGCAGAGCAAGUGUGUCUGUAAGAGAGGUUAUGCUGGUGAUGGCCACAACUGUGAUGCAAUCAAUCCAUGCCUCAUGGACAAUGGUGGCUGCCAUGACUUGGCCACAUGUGUACCCCUUGGUGGAGGAGACAGAUCCUGCACUUGCCCUGAAGGCUACAUUGGGGAUGGCAUGACAUGCUAUGGGGACAUUCUAAAAGAGCUGGCCAGCAAUUCCCACUUCUCAGGCUUCUACGACUGGGUUAAGAAAUCUCUCUUCAGCAUCCCAGCAGGAACCAAUGUCACUGUCCUGGUGCCAUCGGAGGCAGCUAUCAAAAACUUGAGCAAGACUGAGAAAGAUUUCUGGCUGACUCCCAGCAUGCUGCCUUUUUUAGUCAGGGCCCACGUUCUUGAAGGUGUCUUCACUGGUGAAAAGCUUAAAAAGUACAACAGGACAGAAUUACCCACCCUCAACCCACAGACCAGCUGGCAGCUGAACACCAGCAGCGGGGCAUUAACCAUCCAGGAGGCGACGAUAGUGGUCAGUGACAUCCCUGCUAGCAAUGGCAUUAUUCAUGUCCUCAAUAAGGUUUUGUUGCCAGCUUCAUCAGAUAUCCCUCCAAGUCCUCCAGGUCUUCAGGAACAGCUUGAGACAGUUGCCUCGUUCAGCAUGUUCAAGCAAUUGCUCCAGCAACACCAGCUCGCUGGGAAAAUCGAGUCUGCUGAAAAAUACACCAUCUUUGUUCCUGGGAAUGAUUCCAUCGAGGAGUACUGCAGUGCUGCCAACCUCACACAGCUGGACAAGGAGACAGUGCAGUACCAUGUUGUACUGGGAGAGAAGCUCUUGCCCACAGACCUGAGAAGUGGAGUUCAUAAGAACAGCAUGUUAGGGCUGUCCUACUGGCUCAUGUUUUAUCAAAACAGCACAGAGAGGUUUGUUAAUAAUAUUCCUUUGGAUGGAAAAUUCCUGGAGACAAAGAAUGGCAUGCUGAUUGGGGUUUCACAGGUCCUCCAGAUACAGAAGAACCGUUGCACCGCCAAUACCACCACCAUACAAAAGUCAAGAUGCGGCAAGUGUGAGAAGGGGAUCAAGUGUCCUCCUGGAGCAGUUCUUGUGGAAUCUCCAGGAAGCAAGAACCUUGCUCGCUGUGAGCUGCGCUCUGGGGAUGCAGGAAUACUCGGCUGUCAUUUCACCUGUGCAAAAGUUUCUCUGAGGUCAGUCUGCUGCCCCGGCUACUACGGACACAUGUGUGAGAUGUGCCCAGGGAAGCCAGGCCAAUGGUGCUCUGGGAACGGGGAAUGCCAGGAUGGCAUCGAGGGCAGUGGAGAGUGCCAGUGCCUGGAAGGUUUCCAUGGCACUGCCUGUGAAAUGUGUGAAGUAGGUCGCUACGGAGCUGACUGCAAAGCAGAAUGUGCCUGCGCCAACGGCAUCUGUAACGAUGGACUGCAAGGGGAUGGGAGCUGCCAGUGCUUCCCAGGCUGGAAGGGACCUUACUGCCAAGAAAGAAUCAAGACUGACUUAUGCAAUAACACUUGCCAUCAAAUGGCCAACUGCCUCAAUAGUUCUGUAGAUUCCUCACCUAUGUGCUUCUGCUCUGCUGGAUACACAGGCAAUGGAACCCAUUGCACAGAAAUAGAUCCAUGCACUAUCGAUCACGGUGGCUGCUCCAAACAUGCUGUGUGUACUAAAGUGUCCCCAGGAGAGAGAACCUGUGUCUGUAAGGAAGGCUAUGCUGGUGAUGGGACACUCUGCAUGGAAAUUGAUCUCUGCCUUGACAGCAACGGGGGCUGCCACAGCCAUGCAGAGUGCAUGAAAACAGGCCCAAGGAAGGUUGCCUGCAACUGUCUUCCCGGUUACAGUGGGGAUGGAGUGAGCCAGUGCAACCCCAUCAACCUGUGUGAACAGAACAAUGGAGGCUGUAGUCCCUUUGGACUCUGCAAGUACACAGGCCCUGGCACUCGAAACUGCUCCUGCUCUUGGCACAGCAUUGGAGAUGGCUUCACCUGUCGUGGCAAAGUGUAUCAGGAGCUUGGAAGGACCAAAGAUGCCUCGGUGUUCUUUAAGAUGAUACUGGCGGAAAGCAUCAAGGAGCUCACUGGGUCAGGGCCCUUCACUGUCUUCGUCCCACGGACAGAUUUCAUAGGAAACACCACAACAUUUGAGGAGUGGAGGAGCAGAGGUCUCCUCCAGGACCUGCUUCGCUACCACGUGGUGGGUUGCCAGAAACUGCUGUCCAGUGACCUGGAAGCCCAGGAGUCCCUUACAUCUCUAUCUGGCCACAAAAUAAAGAUCACAGUGAAAGAGAAUAGCAUCUAUCUGAACGAGGAGGCCAAGGUGGUCCAGAGUGACAUCGUUGGUGUGAAUGGAGUCAUUCAUUUCAUCAACAAGCUCCUCAUUCCGAGUGACCUGCUGGACCGCAACAUCUCCUCCAGCUCACAGCACAACAUCACGGCGGUGGCAGAGGCCUUCGGGUACACCAUCUACAGCAAGCUGCUGCAGGAUGCAGAGCUGCUUCCCCUGAUCAGUGACCCCCGGCACAGACCCUUCACCAUGCUGUGGCCCACAGACGCUGCCUUCAGCGCCCUGCCGGAGAAGAGGCAGAAGUGGCUGUACCACAGAGAGCAUCGCCAGGUGCUUGCCUCCUACCUCAAAGCACACAUGAUCAGGGACACAAAGAUUGUUGCAGGUAAUGUGCCCCAGGUGGAAUCCAUACGGACCAUGCAUGGCUCCACUGUCUCAUUUAGCUGCAGCAAAACUCAUGUGGGUGAACUUCUAGUUGGGAAUGGCGAUGCCACCAUCAUCCAGAGGCACAUGGAAUUCAAUGGGGGCAUUGCUUAUGGAAUCGAUAGGCUGCUGGAGCCACCAGAUCUGGGAUCUCGAUGUGAUGAGUUCAUCUUCGUUGAGCUGCAGGGAUCUACAGAGAGCUGUGGACUUUGUGGCUUUGAGCCACCCUGCCCUGCUGGCUCCAUUCAACAGGGAGACCCCAAGCGCUGCUACUAUUACGGAAACCAGCUGCUGAGGAACACUUUCCUGUUUCACCGCAACUCCAUGCUGCGGCCAUCCUCCCUCUGGGACAGCCUCAGGAGACAACUCCCUUCCAGGGGGCCUCUGAAGCGAGGCUGCAGGAGGAGCUGUGUUUCUGCCCAGUGGAGCCCUCAGUGCUGUGCCAACCACUACGGCCGAGACUGCCAGGCGUGCCCGGGAGGACUGGAGGCACCUUGUGGUAACCGCGGUACCUGCGACGACAAAAUCGGCGGCUCGGGGAGAUGCAACUGCAGCCAGGCUUUCAUCGGAACCAGCUGUGAGCUAUGUGCUCCGGGCAGAUUCGGGCCAGACUGCCGAGAGUGUAACUGCACUGAGAAUGGUGUGUGCAAUGCAGGACUGCAUGGAGAUGGCUUCUGCUUCUGUUCUGAGGGCUGGACUGGAGCUCGCUGUGAGACCAGGCUAGUCUUGACACCCACCUGCUCCCCACCGUGCCACCCCCAGGCUGUCUGCCGCUCCGGCAACCUCUGUGAAUGUGACCUACACUAUGAAGGAGAUGGGAGAACCUGCACAGUGAUCGACAUGUGCAGCCAGGACAACGGGGGGUGUGCCAGGCACGCACAGUGCACGCAGGUUGGUGUGAACGUCUCCUGUGCCUGUGCCCCCGGGUACUCGGGCGACGGCCAUGUCUGCGACCCCAUGGACAGGUGUGCGGACGGCAGGAACGGGGACUGCAGCCAGCACGCCACCUGCAUCAGCACUGGGCCAAACGAGCGGCGCUGUGAGUGCAAGCAGGGCUAUGUGGGGGACGGAAUCCAGUGCCUGGAAGAGGUUGUGCCUCCCACAGACCGGUGCCUGGAGGACAACGGGCAGUGCCACCGGGAAGCCAUUUGCACUGACCUGCACUUCCAUGAUAAGACGAUGGGGGUCUUCCAUCUGCAGUCACCCCGAAAGAAGUACGACUUCACCUACGAGCAGGCUCAGGCUGCCUGCGCCGCGGAGGGCGCUUCCCUGGCCACCUUCGGGCAGCUCUCGGCAGCGCAGCAGAUGGGAUUCCACCUGUGCUUGGUGGGUUGGCUGGACAACGGCACAGCUGGAUACCCUACAGCCUACCCCAACCCCAGCUGUGGGGCUAACCGAGUGGGCAUUGUGGACUAUGGCUCCAGAAGCAACCUGAGCGAGACCUGGGAUGCCUUCUGCUAUCGGGAGAAGGAUGUGACUUGCAGCUGCCGUGAUGGGUUCAUGGGAGACGGGUACUGGUGCAGUGGCAAGCUCCCCGACGUGCUCGCAGAACACGCUCGCUUCUCUACCUUCUAUUCUAUGUUGCUCGAUUUUGCCAAUGACACAGAAGAAGGACUGGAUUUUUUCACCUAUUUAUCUGAUGACUCCGCUCCCAAAACUCUCUUUGUCCCUCUGAAUUCUGGCUUCGCAGACAAUGAAACACUGACAGGAGAAGAACUGAAGCUCCAUGUGUCAUCCAGCAAUGUCGUCCUCUUCAGCUUCAAUCUCACAACGGGCACCAUCAUCCCAUCCCAGUCAGGAUAUGACCUCCAUGUAUCAGACCUCCCAGUGGGCAACAGUACGGAGCACUCAGCCGCCAAGGGGAUCAAUGACACGAUGAUUGUGGAGUGGGACAUUAUGGCUUUCAACGGCAUCAUUCAUGCAAUUGCAGAGCCGCUGCGGAUCCCACCACCGGCUGUUCAUGUUGGUCAGGUGAACGGUGUGGCACAGGGGUCCGUGGCCACAGGGACGUUGUCAGCGCUGAGUUUUGUGCUGGCUCUGGGCGCUGGAGCGGGCGUCGCCUAUUACUGUGUGAAGAGGCGGCGGCAGGAAGGGCAGUUCGGCUACUUUCAGGCGGACCUGCGCGCGGACGAGGAGGAAGAGGAGGCGGAGGCGGGGCCGCAGCAGGAACGCGCGGGGCCGCGCGCCGCCAAGCCCCGCGCGCAGCGGCCGCUCGUGGCCAUCCCCAACCCCCUGUACGGCAGCCACAUCCCCGACUACGAGCUGCUGCACGACUCGCUGCUGGCCGACGCCUGCGCGGACUCCGGCCGCUUCCCGCACUGAGGAGCCGCUGCCGGCGGCCCGCGGUCCACAGAGAAAUAAAGAGCUCAGCGCCACCGCCUCUGCCCGCGCCUGCCCUCCAACGCCGGGCUGCUGUCAGCGCCCCUCGGCCUCGAUCCUCGCCGGCCCAGCCACGGCCUCCCGCCGACUACCCCGCCCGUACCUGCUGCCAGUCAACCCUGCACC